AUGUCAGUAAACUCAACCAAGGUUUUUGAAGAUAAUUCUUUUUUGCCAGUUGUUUAUGAAGCCAACUUUACCGAAUACCUUAGCACCACUUUAAAUACCAAACCUGGUUUUCGUGACGCUGAAGUGUUUCAACGUGACCCACGAAAUGACGGUGGAGACCCUGAAGUUAAGAAUCCUGAUCGAGUUCACAAAUAUAUUACAGUGCUUUUUGAAAUAGACAAUAAAGAGAGUAUUGAUCGUUAUUUAAACGAAGAGGAAAAAGAGAAAAGUUCCAGUGAAUUAAGGCUUUCUAGAUAUCGUGCUGAAAUUGCUGACCAGAGCAAAGCACUUGAAGAAGAUCGACAACGUAUAAAUUCUUUACGUGAAAAUAUUCGAUUACGUCGUGUUGCUUUAGAAGAUGCGAGAAGUCGUUAUCAAACAGGAAAUGAAUAUUUGGAGGAAAGCCACAAGCUAUUGGAACGAGCUCGGUUUGUUUUGUUAGCCUUACGAUUGGGUUUUGAAAUUUUUUUUUUAUUUGCAGAUGGUCGUAUUGAAUAG